UGGGCGUGAACGCGCACGCUGUGUGUACUGGGUGUUGUGGUCAGUGUUCAGAUCUGCAGUCAUGGGCGCUCUGAGCAAGAUACCACACAACUGCUACGAGAUCGGGCACACAUGGAGCCCGUCGUGUGCACAGGCUGCCGUGGAUAUAACCCGAGGGGCCCUGGAGGUGUCCUUCAAAAUAUACGCUCCUCUCUACCUGAUUGCAGCGGUUCUUAGGAGAAGGAAGAAGGACUACUAUUUAAAAAGGCUUCUCCCUGAGAUCCUGUGGUCUACCUCUUUCCUUACUGCCAAUGGAGGUCUCUACAUUGUUUUCUUCUGCAUCCUCAGGAAACUGUUGGGAGGGUUCCACUCAUGGUCUGCUGGGUUUGGCUCGGCACUGCCUGCCUCCUACAUCGCUAUCCUCUUGGAGCGCAAGAGCAGGAGAGGGCUGCUGACAAUAUACAUGACAAAUCUCGCCACUGAGACGUUGUUCCGCAUGGCCGUAACACGAGGCAUCGUCAAACCCAUCAGACAUGGCGAGGUGCUGUUGUUCUGCAUAACUGCGUCACUCUUCAUGUUCUUCUUCAGGAGUAAAGAUGGUCUCAAAGGCUUUGCAUUCUCUGCACUGAAGUUCAUCAUUGGGAAAGAAGAGAUUCCAACUCACCCUGUCACGGCAGAACUUGCUGGCACACGACCCCUUGAGAGGACAGCCGCUAUAGAGACGGAGGGUUCACAACCAUCAGCUGGAAGGCCCAGCUCCAGGAGGAAAACUCUGGUGGCCUACACCAGGGAGCUGCUAGAGUCAAUAUGCAAACAUGGUCCAAGACACAGAUGUUGUAAACAUUACCAAGACAACUGCAUUUCAUACUGUCUUAAGGGCUUCGUGAGGAUGUUCAGUGUUGGCUACCUGAUUCAGUGCUGUCUUAAAGUGCCCUCAGCGUUCAGGCAGAUGUUCUCCAAACCGUCACGACUCCCCUCUCUCUUCUACAACAAGGAGAACUUCCAGCUCGGGGCAUUUCUAGGUUCAUUCGUCAGUAUCUACAAGGGAACAAGCUGCUUGCUGCGCUGGCUGCGUAACAUUGACGAUGAACUCCAUGCACUAAUAGCAGGCUUCCUGGCUGGUAUCUCCAUGUUCUUCUACAAAAGCACAUCAAUAUCCAUGUAUCUCUUCUCUAAGCUGGUGGAGACCAUGUACUUCAAGGGCAUUGAGGCCGGCCGGUUCCCGUACUUUCCUCAUGCAGACACAGUCUUAUAUGCCAUCUCCACUGCUAUCUGUUUCCAAGCUGCUGUGAUGGAAGUGCAGAACCUCAGACCCUCGUACUGGAAGUUCCUGCUGCGUUUAACUAAGGGCAGGUUUGCUCUCAUGAACCGACACCUGUUAGAUGUGUUCGGGACUCAAGCCUCCAGGGACUUUAAAGGCUUUGUGCCCAAACUGGACCCUCUAUACACCACGAUGCUUCCACCUGGAGUCGACAUCCAACUGGGAUGACUUGGUACCAGGCUCUGGAAAGGAGCUGUGGGGUUACCUCGACAGGAAACGGACAGUUUGCCUGUUCUUUCUGAGCAACUAAAGGUCUUAUGACUGCUCAGAAGUAGUGAUGUUGUUUUAUGAGAUGGGAUUUACUUUGAAGGGUGUUAAGUCCAAGAUCUGUCCAAAUCAGGGCGUCGUGGGUAUAAGGUGUCUUUCACAAGGUCUUUUACUGAUUUGGGUUGUAUGUACACAGGUAAUUGGUAAAAUAAAUGAAAAGAAAAAGUUUGGAAUUGGAUUCACGCUGAAAUCAAAAUUGACAGGCAUGUUAAUAGUAUCUUAAGUCCUAAUGAAAGCCUUAACCUUACAAUACAAAUAAUAAUAUAAUAAUAAUAUUAAUGUUCAAGUUGUCAAUUUGUAUUUGGCAGGUUCUUCUUAGUCUGUUGAGGGUUUGUGCAGGGGCGUAGCAAAGGGGGGGACAAGGCAGGCAAUUUCCAGGGGCCCCUAACCUGAGAGGCGGAGCUCUGAGAACAGUUGACUACAUUAGUCCACAUCAAUGAUAAUUGUGUGGGUCCCUCAAAGUCCUUUGAAUCACCCCGGGGUAUGGGUGGUGGUAGUAGUGGUAAGAAAUAGUAUCAGUUCACCCAGAUCACAAAAAAAUGCAAAAUUUGUUUUACUGGAAUAUAAAAACUAUUCCACUUGCAAUGCAACAAAUUUUAUUUUUAUCCUUAAAUCGUUAUGCAUCUUCAUUUUGGUUAAGUUACCUGAAGUUUGGCAGCGUUGUUAUUUGGAUGAGCACAUGGACGUCAGGUGAAACUCACUAAUCCUUUUGCAACGAACACAGUGAUGCCUGGUUUUAUUUCAGAGUUCAGAGGACAGAAUAUAUGAAUGUGAACUUUUUCAAGACAAUGGGUGCAACUGUUCAGACAUAUAAUUAUGUAGCCUUAUCAUAUACUGUUAGACAAUGGGUGAUGUAUUUAGAUUGUGUUCUGUGAUGUGAAACAGAGAAGUGUGAAGUCGCUGUUAAACUUCAAGUUUUUAUAGUGUAACUGAUUUCUUUUCUAAUAUUUUCUAAACAGCACUUGACAGUAGUAAUUUCAAUUGGAGUGAAUAGUAACGCUCAUUAAUUUUACCAGUAAUUUCACAUUCAAGACACGAAAAUAGUAAAUGUGUCACAGUGUUCCAUACUGUGCUCAAUCAGUAUCAAACCUGAUACUUCAUAGAGGAUACAUUUGCCGAAUCACAAUGUAAUGCAUUCAAAAUUUGAAGAUCCAUGUAAAUUAAACUAAAUAUUUUGGCAAAUAUUCAGAAAAACCAAAGUUCUCUAUCCUCCACCCAAAUUUGAGAAAUUAAUUUCUUCAGUCAACCUGAACCAUCAUUUUCAUUUUAUUCCCUGAAGGUGAUUGGGUAAGAAAUAACUUCAAUAUUUAAUAUGAUCUAAUAGAAGUCAUUAACACAGAUUGAAUUACAUAUUUUUUAUCACAUGAAAAAUAAAUACAUUGUGUUGGCUGUUUGAAUUUUGACUGAUGCUUACUGGAAAUUCUGCAAAAGAUAAACUCUGUUGCUUAAAAUCAGUUGGUGCUGCAAGGUUUUAGUGUCUGAAUUAAUGUGGACAUUCAUGACAGCUUCAUUCCAGGUGUGAUUUCAUUUAAUUAGGGGGUAAAGUAGUUAGAUUGUUUUAGGAAUCUCAUAUUUCUGACAGUUUUGUGAACUGCCAGUCUGUUUACUUCAGUGUUUUGCCUUCAGUUGUUCAACCCAGCUUUAGACACAUCUGACCUCCACACCAGAAGCCAUGAUUGUGAAGAAAAUACAGUGCAACGUUCUUGUUGAGACUGAAGCAGAGGAGUGAGAUAAUAACAAUAUAUCAUAUUAAAUUAUAAUAGAACUCUACAAAUGUUUUUGAUUUAUCUAAGAAGGUGUAUAUUAAAAUAUUUUUCA